AUGGGCAAGGGAAAACAAAAGCCAUUGGUUGCAAACAAGCAAUAUGAAGACGGGGAUGAACUAGCAGGUUCGACGUUGGAAGAUUACUUUGCUUCCCACAAAGUUAGUGGCCUCGUUUCACAGCAUCUGCUUAAUAUUCCAACGGACGAUAACAAUGUGAUGGCAGCGGAAAAGGCUGAGGAAUGCCAAAUCCAUGCCGAAUCAUUCGAGUCAAUGAGCGAGCAAGGAAGCUACGAAGAUGACUACGAGGUUGAUGAAACGGGGAUUUCAAAUUUUGAUUUUGUACAAGAGGUGGCAGGUAUGUCACUUUGUGACUAUCUGUGUGUCAAAGAUGAUGAUCGUGCAGCAGCAAAAGAAACGAUGGCUGUAACUGAGUCUCAGCAAGUAUUUGAGUCUCAACCCACACUGGAGACUGACGCAAACUUAAAUCUAAAUGGUAUGUCACUAGAUUAUUAUUUUGGCUCGACAAAGCAUUUAGAGGAAAAUAGACAUGGAGCUCGAGCCAAAAAGAAAUUUUCUCCAAAGGUCAAGCAUAAAGGCAGCAAGGCAAAGCAAACUACUGCCGUUCUACCAGAAGGUAAAUCUUCUUUAUCCGUAAAAGGUAGCGGAAGUAUUCAAGCUUUAGAUAAUGUUCGCAAACCCAUGGUAAAUCCAGACGAGACGAAUGAAUCAGCUGACGAUCUAAUCUCUAACGGUUUGACACCGUUCCAGCGGCGUCAGAAACGAAAGAAUCAAGCCAAAAGUAAACUGCAAAGGAACGUCGGAAAUAAGUCACUUAAUUCGAAAGCUUUUCUAGUGUCUGAAGUGCUAAACGAAAGCGAGAAGCGAAAAGGUAUAUUGAAUGCAUCACAUCGCCUUCACCAUCACGUUCCCCAUUCGUUAGCAGCUAAUCAUCAGUCUCCACUUCCCAAGUUGGCACUUUCUCCAUCUUUUUUGUAUACCAGUCAAAAGGAUCAUGAUAUAGAUGAUGAAAAGCUACCACUCUUGUAA